AUGUCCAAGGCUAUCGGUAUCGACCUGGGUACUACCUACUCCUGUGUCGCCGUCUGGCAGAAUGACCGCGUUGAGAUCAUCGCCAACGACCAGGGUAACCGCACCACCCCCUCCUACGUCGCUUUCACCGACUCGGAGCGUCUCAUCGGUGACGCCGCCAAGAACCAGGUCGCUAUGAAUCCCUAUAACACCGUCUUCGACGCGAAGCGCCUCAUCGGUCGCAAGUUCGCAGACGCUGAGGUCCAGUCUGACUGCAAGCACUGGCCCUUCAAGGUCAUUGACAAGGCAACCAAGCCGUACAUCCAGGUGGAGUACCGCGGCGAGACCAAGGAGUUCUCCCCCGAGGAGAUUUCUUCUAUGGUCCUGAUCAAGAUGCGUGAGGUUGCUGAGGCCUACCUCGGUGGCACCGUCUCCAAGGCCGUCGUCACUGUCCCUGCCUACUUCAACGACUCGCAGCGUCAGGCUACCAAGGACGCUGGCACCAUCGCCGGCCUCGACGUCCUCCGUAUCAUCAACGAGCCUACCGCCGCCGCUAUCGCCUACGGCCUCGACAAGAAGAGCGAGGGUGAGAAGAACGUCCUCAUCUUUGACCUCGGUGGUGGUACCUUCGACGUGUCUCUCCUCACCAUCGAGGAGGGCAUCUUCGAGGUCAAGGCCACUGCUGGUGACACCCACCUCGGUGGCGAGGACUUUGACAACCGCCUGGUCAACCAUUUCGUUCAGGAAUUCAAGAGGAAGAACAAGAAGGACCUCUCGUCCAACGCCCGUGCCCUCCGUCGUCUCCGCACCGCUUGCGAGCGUGCCAAGCGCACUCUCUCGUCUGCUGCUCAGACCUCCAUCGAGAUCGACUCGCUCUUUGACGGCAUUGACUUCUACACCUCGAUCACCCGUGCCCGCUUCGAGGAGCUCUGCCAGGACCUCUUCCGUUCGACCAUGGAGCCCGUCGAGAAGGUCCUCCGUGACUCGAAGAUUGACAAGUCCAGCGUCAACGAGAUUGUCCUCGUCGGCGGCUCUACUCGUAUCCCCAAGAUCCAGAAGCUUGUCUCGGACAUGUUCAGCGGCCGCGAGCCCAACCGCUCGAUCAACCCCGACGAGGCCGUCGCCUACGGUGCCGCCGUCCAGGCCUCUAUCCUCAACGGUGAGACCUCGGAGGCCACUCAGGACCUCCUCCUCCUCGACGUUGCCCCUCUCUCGAUGGGUAUCGAGACCGCUGGCGGCAUCAUGACCCCCCUCAUCAAGCGCAACACCACCGUUCCCACCAAGAAGAGCGAGGUCUUUUCCACUUACUCCGACAACCAGCCCGGUGUCCUCAUCCAGGUUUACGAGGGCGAGCGUGCCAAGACCAAGGACUGCAACCUCCUCGGCAAGUUCGAGCUUUCGGGCAUCCCCCCUGCCCCCCGCGGUGUCCCCCAGAUCGAGGUUUCGUUCGACGUCGACGCCAACGGAAUCCUCAACGUCUCCGCUUCGGACAAGACGACCGGCAAGAGCUCCAGGAUCACCAUUACGAACGACAAGGGUCGCUUGUCAAAGGACGAGAUUGAGCGCAUGCUGGCCGAGGCUGAGAAGUACGCCGCCGAGGACAAGGAGGUCGCCGAGCGCGUCCAGGCCAAGAACGCCCUCGAGUCGUACGCCUACUCGCUCAAGUCUACCCUCAGCGAGAACGCCGACAAGUUCAGCGCCGAAGACCUCAAGACUCUCACCGAAAAGGUGGACGAGACGGUCAGCUUCCUGGAAAACAACAGCGAGGCUGCCAGCAAGGACGAGAUCGAGAGCCACCAGAAGGAGCUUGAGGCUGUCGCCGGACCCAUUAUGCAGCGCUUCUAUGGUUCCCAGGGUGGUGCUCCUGGUGCUCCUGGCGCUGGCGCCGGUGCCCCUGGCGGCUUCCCCGGUGCCGAGGCCUCGAACGACGGUCCCAGUGUCGAGGAGGUCGACUAG